GCCCCAUGGAUCACAAGGAGACCAGGCAGCUUCCUGCAUUUCUGGGAUGGAACAAGAUAAUGCCGAGGCGAAGCAAGUUGGACAUCAGAGGCAGAGCUCCCAAAAGGGUGAAAAGGGUGAACCAGGAAUCCCAAAGCUUAGCGACACAAAAAAGCUUAUCGAGUUCAUGGAAAGUCACUACGAUGAAUUUGUCGCCCGUGUGCAAUCCUUUGAUGAAUUCUACCACGCCAUUUAUGAACUCAUCGAAAUGUUUUGCGAGGAACGUGGGCAGCUGCAGUACAGAAUACCGGAGAAAAGGAUUCUUGAGGAAGCAUAUAACAAGCAUCACACGUCGGAGGGCGAGGUAAAGAAGGAGGAGUUCCUGGCGAUGAGCAAGGAGGUCAUCAAGGUGGAGAGCUUCACCUCCGGCAAGGCGACGGUCGAAUUUGCCAUGUUCCUGUUCGGUGCGCCGGCGUGCGCGUUCCUGGCGAAGCGGAUCCUGCCGGGGCUGGGCUGGCUGUCGGACGACGUCGUCAUCCCUCUGGCCACCUCCGGGUCCGUCGCCUACCUCAUCAAGUCCAAGAGGCUCUGAAGAAGAAGAACGGGGCUGCUUUCUGCCGCAUGCCCUUGCUGCUCCGCAUCAGCUGGCUUGGUUGGCGACGCAAGUGUAAAAGACUAAAAGUAGAUGAAAAUGUCAGAAGAGCAUUGCUAGAUCAAUCAAUAAUUGGAAAAAGAUGCCAUUAACCAA